AUCCGUAGCUGGGAGAAGGAGCAGCCAGGGAAGUGUACAUCGAGCCGGGUAACCCGGCGGAUAAGGGGUCGGUUUGGAGAAAAAUACCCCACAAGGCGCUGGGCUAGUAGCCGCCUCGCUGUCCCGCUGGCACCAUGGUCAUGGCCUAUUUUCUGGAGAACUUUUGGGGGGAGAAGAACAGUGGUUUUGAUGUGCUAUAUCAUAAUAUGAAACAUGGACAGAUAUCCACAAAAGAGUUGUCUGAAUUCAUAAGGGAGAGGUCAACAAUAGAAGAGGUGUAUUCACGCUCAAUGAACAAACUUGCCAAGUCUGCGAGCAAUUAUACACAGCUUGGGACAUUUGGGCCAGUCUGGGAUGUCUUUAAAACGUCAACAGAAAAAUUGGCUGGGUGUCACCUUGAACUUGUCAAAAAGCUACAAGAUCUCAUUAAAGAAGUUCAGAAAUAUGGGGAGGAGCAGCUUAAAUCUCAUAAAAAGACCAAAGAGGAAGUAUCUGGGACCUUAGAGGCCGUACAGAACAUCCAGAGUAUUACACAAGCCCUGCACAAAGCCAAGGAUCUGUAUAAUGCAAAGUGCUUAGAGCAAGAGAAGUUAAAAAAAGAGGGGGCAGCAGCAAAAGAAAUAGAAAAGGCAGCAAUCAAAACGAAAAAAGCAACAGAAAGCUAUAAGAUCUGUGUUGAAAAAUAUGCUGCCGCUAAACUGGAUUUUGAGCAAAAGAUGACAGAAACAGCCCAGAAAUUCCAGGAUAUUGAAGAAGCGCAUCUCAUGCGAGUAAAAGAAAUCAUCGAGUCUUACUCCCAUUCGGUUAGCGAAGUCCAUAUUCAGAUUGGUCAGGUUCAUGAAGACUUCAUAAAUAACAUGGCAAACAUCACCGUUGAUAGCCUGUUACAGAAGUUUGCAGAGUCUAAAGGAACUGGGAAGGAAAGGCCAGGCCCCAUUGAAUUUGAAGAAUGUAACACAGCGGUGGUAGUGGAAGGUGUAAAGCAGAAAAAAAGGAAAACCUUUGGGCUGCCAACAAUCAUCAAAAAGGAAAAAGAUACAGAAUCUGUGGAAAAUGCAGAUGCCGAUUCUCUCAACCUCCCUGCAGUUGAUGACGAGGGCUAUAGUAUUAAACCAGAAGAAAUACAGAAUUAUACCAAAGAAAACCAUUUCUACUCGUCAAGUGAUUCUGAUGAAGAUGAAGAUGGGCCAAAGAGAUUCCACGUGGAGAUCAAGCCUGUGCAGCCAAACAAUGGGGCGCAUAACACUAUGGCCUCUCUGGAUGAGCUGAAAGUGUCCAUAGGGAACAUUUCCCUUUCUCCAGCUGUGUCUAGACAAAGUCCGGCACAGAUGAACAGGAUCUCCUCGAGUGAAGAUAUGAAUAGGACAAGGCUGGCAGGACAAGCAGAGAAAGUCAGCAGUGAUCUCCUGGCCUGGGAUCCAUUGUAUGGUUCAUCGCACGAGUCGUCUUCCAUUUCCUCCUCAAGCUCCACAGUGUCCCCUCCUGCCCGGCCGACUACACCUCUUUCAGUUGGCAGCAUUGUCCCACCACCCAGACCUGUUUCACGUCCAAAGCUUACUGCGGCCAAACUCUGUGGAAUAAAUGAAGUACCACGGCCAUUCAGCCCUCCAUUGACGUCGAACACCAGUCCUCCUCCCUCAGCCUCCUUGCCUCGCGCUGAGAGCUCCUCCUCAAUAUCAUCUUCCGCUUCUAUAAGUGCAGCAAAUACUCCCACCUUUGGCAUAUCCCGAGGCCCCAGCCCAGUCACCCUUGGGAACCAAGACACAUUGCCAGUUGCUGUUGCUCUUUCAGAGUCAGUGAAUGCCUACUUCCGAGGAGCAGAUCCCACAAAAUGCAUUGUAAAGAUAACUGGGGAAAUGACAGUUUCUUUUCCAAGUGGGAUAAUUAAGGUUUUCACAAGCAACCCAUCUCCAGCUGUUCUGUGCUUCAGGCUGAAAAACACCAGCAGACUUGAGCAGAUCCUACCAAAUAAUCAGCUUUUAUACAGCGAUCCAUCUCAGAGCGACAACAACUGCAAGGAUUUCUGGAUGAACAUGCAAGCUGUCACUGCCUACCUCAAGAAAUCUUCUGAACAGAACCCGUCGGCUUCCUACUAUAAUGUAGAUAUAUUAAAGUACCAGGUUUUAUCAAAUGGAAUCCAGUCCACUCCUUUGAACCUUGCCACCUAUUGGAAAUGUACCUCGAGCACUACCGAUGUCAGGUUAGACUACAAGUACAACCCAGAAUCCAUGGCUAUGCCCAGCAUCUUGUCUAAUGUGCAGGUGUUGGUUCCGGUUGAUGGCGGAGUAACAAGCAUGCAGUCACUGCCUUCUGCCAUAUGGAAUGCAGAACAAAUGAAGGCCUUAUGGAAAGUCUCUGUAAUUUCAGAAAAAUCUGAAAAUGGAGGAGCUGGAUCUCUUAGGGCAAAAUUUGACCUCUCUGAUGGUCCUAGUAACCCGAGCACACUUGCAGUGCAGUUUGUUAGUGACGGAUGCACGCUUUCUGGAGUUGAUAUCGAGCUGGUAGGGACGGGAUAUCGCCUGUCUUUAGUCAAAAAGAGGUUUGGCACAGGAAAAUACAUGGCAGAAUGUUGAUUUUAUCCCAUGUGAGAUCACAUAUACGCAGAGCAGCCUUCCUGUUAACUUAUCGAAAACUCUUCCAUAUUGCUGUUUUAAUUAUAGAUAUAUAUUUUUUAAUUUUUGACUUAUUUUAGAAGGUAUUUCUAUAUUGCUGCCAACUUUGGAACAUAAAAAAAAAUGCACUUUUUUUAAGGAGUCAUUUUGUUGGAAUAUCUACUACAUGAUGAUGUAGCACUGAAAUUUUCUUCAAUCGUGGUUAAAAAUUAUGAUUUUUUUUUUUUAAUUAUUUUAUGGCAAUAUUUUGCAUUUCUAUUAAGACACAAGUUACAUAUACAGACCCAUGCUACUGUAUAUAGAAUGUAUACCAUGCGAGCACCUCUGUCAGUCCUUAGCCUUAUAUUUGUUUGCAAAACUUUCUGGUGCAACUGACAAGUGUCUUUUACAUGAUCUAAGUUAGUCAUGGACAACCCAUGCCCCCCAAAUGUUGAUGAACUACAUCUCCCAGGAUCCCACCAGCAGAAGACUCUGAGGGUUGUAGUGAAGCAACAUCUAGAGGGCUGCAGACUGCUUAUGCUUGAUCUAAUUGCUUAGUAUAUUAAUGGGUUUAAUAUAUGGGUCUUCUUGAUUCAAUAUUAGUAGUCACAAGUGCAGCCCAAACCUGUUGCAUUAUUAAAUGCAGCAUCUGCAGCCAUUGGGAAGCCUCUGCAGGAUAAACCGCAUGCAGUGCAGAAGGGAUGUGCAGUAAAUAGCCUACCAUUAUAACUAGAGCUAAGAGGGUGUUGGGUUUAAUAACCCUGCAGAAAAGCUAUACUUUGUUAUUUUUGUGCGUCCCACUCAGUUGCCAAACAAAUGUGUUUUUGUGCGUAGCACAUUAACAUGCCAAGCCUCAAUUUUCCUGCAGUCUCCUUUAUUUUCCAUCCCUUCAUGCGCAGAGUAUAUGGCUAAAUGGGAUACAUCAUGCCAUGCUGGGCUGUAAGGUACUGUGGCCCCAGAUGCCAUUGGGUUUGUACCCUUAUUCAUCCUCUCUGGGAUGUUUCAAGUCAGACUGAGUGGGGCACUGCAAGGACUGCUGGAGUUGCAGAACAUCUGCAGUAAAAGUUGCACAACAAUCAGUGCAUGUUCCAGUGCAGUAUGUCGCAUUCUACUCUGGUGGCUCAGCAGCCAAACUACACCCCCCAGCAUUUUAUGAUGAUAUUACAGAUACAAUACAAUUACAAGGUGCCGCAGAAAUAUAUAUGGGAGGUGAGGCAUUUCUCAGAAUAGAAAAAUAAGUCCAAAAGACUCUGUCUGAUUUACCUUUCAUUUUUAUCAUUUUUAUAUUAUUUAUUUAUUAAAUAAAAUGUAGCUAAGCCAAAUAUAGCCACUGCUGCCAAUAACGACCAAUGGCAUUGGUGGGAUUUUGUUAGAAUUUAUUCUGGCUUGGCUUCUGCCACACAGGUGCAACUGUCGCCUGGGAAUGUGUGGUCAUUUUCUUAGUUGAUAUUUGCACCAGUGCACUAUAUGGGGAGAAGAAUUACCCUGUAGUGAUUUUGGGCCUGUGCCAUGAGUGCCCUAAUCUGCACAGAUAAUCUUUUUUUGCAAGAAAAGAAUCCUCAGGCACACAAUGCCAGGCAUAUAAAUUGUAUUCAGCCAACACAGAGCUGCCAUGUUUGUAAUAGACUUUACUGACCAUGUCUUUUUUUUUUCUCCACUUCUUAAAAACUACUGUAUUAUCAGUUUAUAGUUAUAGCAAGAAACCCAAACCAUUCAUGGUUUCAUUCCAUAAGAAGAUGCUCCCUAAAUGUAUUAAACGCUUUAAAAAAUAAAUAAAUAAAAUGCAGUACGGAAACACUAAGGGCUAUGGUACAUGGGGCAUAUUCUCUGCCAUUGGAGAAGCACCUGAACCACCACCACUGCCUCCAAUUUGCUUAAAUGGGAAGCACACAACAGCUGUAAGACAUUUUAGCUACACAAAACAAGGAGAAGGAUUGUAUCCACAAUUACUCAAGCCUGCUGGUCACUUGCUAAAGGCAGCCAUACCCUGGCCAAUCCUGUACAGUUUCUGACCAGCUGUACAAGGGACCAUGCAUGCUAUGGCCACCUUUCUAUUGUUCCGUUCAUUCAGGGGAGCAGCCUAAGCAAUCCGACCAACAGGAGGUGAGAAGGAGCUGCUGCACCUACACUUUCUCUUCUGUGGAUGCACAAUGUGCUGGCCAACACUUGCAUCGGCAGAUCAAACCUUUCUAAUGGAUAAACUGACCGAUAUCCAUGGUACCUGGGUAAAAGCCGGCAUUGUCGAGCCAACAUACACAUACAAAAAAAAUCAUACCAAACAAAUGGCCAGCUGUAGCUUUCUUGUAAAGGGGCCAGUGUACGUUGAGGAUAUACUUAUCAUGUAGCCAGCAAUGCUGUCCAACACAGCUACUCACGUCAGAUAGAACAGUAUUCUAGAAAUGUCUGCACCUGCAGUUCAUCAUUUUAAGAGUAUCCUCAGCACUCACUGGUUGAUACCCAGCAAAGGCUGAUAGUUAAUGGUAGGCAUAAAUCCCAUGGGCAGUGUUGCACAGGGUGUUCCAAACACCCAUGGUUUCAAAACACCUUUCUCUGCAAACAGUUGCUUUGCAAGGGGAAGGGCACGCUCCAUGGCAGACUCUGGUGCCAGUAAGGUAUUACUCAGGAAUGUGAAAGGCAUGGUUCCCAAGUAAUACCCAACGACUGGCAUAGGAAUCACUUUUCCAAUUGAUCUGAAAGUGGCUGCCAGCACAAUUGCUGUGGCCUAAUGGCAAUCAAAAUGCCCCCCCCCAUGCGCCACGGCCCAUACACUAGAACUUGCAACUUCCUAUGGCACAGACAGGCUUAUCCAUAUAGAUGUACAGUGAUAGCCAAAACACCUAUGCAACAAGUGGGAAUUGGUUCAUUUUAGUUUUAUACAAGACUCCUCACACUCUGUAGCCUCUCAGCGCUCUGUCUUGGAGGAAUUCAGCAUCUCUGUUAAGUCUGGGAAUGGACAGCCCAAUAAGUGCUUGUCUUGCUGUUAAUAGAUGCCCAGACGCCAGUCACAAGCAACAUGCUGCCAUUGAAGCCAAGGGCUGUGCAAAUAACCUUAACCACUACAUGUUACUGUCUGUAGCUGCAAAUGAACAAUCACUAUUACACUAAAACCCAAGAAGCUUUAGCUGAAUAAAGCUCCACAAUUAAGCAAUAAUUCUGCUUCUCGUUAACCCUUUGCUGCCAGUACUGAUUUAGCAAUAGGGCAAAGCAAUAAGACUGCUCGUUUUUGGAAUGGCAACAAGUUUAUAUAAUUUCUUCUUAUACCGUUUUUAAAGCCAAUAUUAACACUUUUAGGUAUCUGUAUUGUAAUCUGUUUGUGCUGCCUAACCAGUACUUGGUUUGACUGUUUCUUUGCUCCUACCUGGAAUUUACAUGUAAUGCUGCAUAGACAUUAAGGCAUAAUAAUCCUAUAGGUAAGUCUCAGCACUUUUAAUCUCACUUUGGGUAAGUAUUGAGAGACUCGUUGGUUAGAAGAGCAGGUCACAAUAUUGAAGCCAUACAGAUUUUUAUGGGACUUUUUACUUGCAAAUGAAUAACAAGUAUAAAUCUACAGGUUGAUGCUGGUAUCUGCCAUGUGAUAUAUUCCGCCUAGCGAGCUGGUUCUUGCUUCUGGAUACAGCGAUAAUACCCCUUUGUAGCUGCCUCUUGUCUAGAUACAUUUGUAAACACUGAAAGCUAAUGUACCUGGGUUUUUAUGGAGUGUUCUUACUUCUGGUUGUAAAUUAAAACAAAACAAGUUUAUCUUACAAAAAAAUGUAAAUAUUUUUGAUUUUUUUUUUCAUAAUGUAAAUUUUACAGAAUAUGGUGCAUCUGUAAUAAACAUGUAAUAUAUAUAUGAUUUAUGAAA